AUCAUUAAUUAAACAGAGUGAGAGCGUCGGCGACAUUUGAAUUUUUAUUAAACGAUCAUUAUCAUCAGGGCGUCGACAGCCCUAACUCCGGCCAGUCCGCUGGAAUCUUCUGCAGAGGCUAGCAUCGUUCUUUUUCCGACGGUUCUACGAUAUUGGGAUUUAGAAUCUCCCUUAACAAGAAAACACAAUGGCAGAACUUAGUCUGGGUAUAUUGAUAGACAUUCUUGAUGAGGAAUGGAUGAGAGACACACUCCCUCAUGAUGAUCUUCUACUCCCUCCUGUGCUGGUUGUUCGGACUGAUGACACCGAGGACUCGAAUCAGGAGGCUCAGCCAGUUGAUGCUGAUACCUGGCAUGAUCUUGCUCUAGGUAACCAAUGAACCUUCUCCUAACUAAGGAUGGCCCAUUAUCAAGAGAUUUUCUUCAAGUUAGAAGUCUUAUUACCAUAUUCUCUUGCUGUAUUCGCAUUGUAGAUUUUAAGAUCUCAUUAAUCCAUGUUGUAGAUGUUGAAGAUUGAUGUAGAAAUUGUUUAUUUGUGGUACAAGAAAUAGUCUGUUAAGUACUCUACAUGGAUUUGCUGCUCUCUUUUGUCAAUACAUACUUGCAUGUUGCCCUUUACCCCAUGUAGAGGACACCAUUGCCUUGUUGCUCGCA